CACACUAACGAGAGAAAUGGGGAGAGCUCCAUGUUGCGACAAGACAAAAGUGAAGCGAGGGCCUUGGUCCCCUGAGGAAGACUCUAAGCUUAGAGAUUACAUUGAGAAGUAUGGAAAUGGUGGAAAUUGGAUCUCUCUCCCUCUCAAAGCCGGUUUGAGGAGAUGUGGGAAGAGUUGUAGAUUGAGGUGGCUUAACUAUUUGAGACCAAACAUAAAACAUGGUGACUUCUCUGAGGAAGAAGACAUGAUCAUUUUUAGCCUCUUUGCCGCCAUUGGAAGCAGGUGGUCAAUAAUAGCAGCUCAUCUACCAGGAAGAACAGACAAUGACAUCAAGAACUAUUGGAAUACAAAGCUAAGGAAGAAGCUCUUGUCUUCUUCUUCUUCGUCUUCCUCCUCUCACUCAUCAUCAGCCAUGGCUUCUCCUUAUCUAAACCCUAAUUCUCAGGAUGUGAAAAGAUCAUUAACCCCAUCAGUAACAAUCCCAUCUUCUUCUUAUAAUCCCUAUGCUGAAAACCCUAAUCAAGACCCAACAAAAUACCUCAUCUCCAACAUCAAUGGCUUUGAAGCUGACGACAAACAGAUCUUUCCCUAUAGUAACCUUAAUUAUCCUCAAGAUCUCUCUCUCUCGGACAGCAACAACAACAUCUCUGGCGCAAGUGGUUUCUUGCUCAACCACAAUAUGUGUGAUCACUACAACAACCAUACCAGUUUCUCUUCAGACGUUAAUGGAAAGAGGUCAGAGACUAUGAUAAAGCAAGAAGAGAUGAUGAUGAUGAUGAUGAUAGACCACCACAUUGACCAGAGGACAAAAGGUUACAAUGGGGAUUCCACACAAGGUUAUUAUAAUUACUACAAUGGGCAUGGGGAUUUGAAGCAAAUGAUUAGUGGAACAGGCACUAAUUCUAACAUAAACAUGGGUGGGUCAGGUUCAUCUUCUAGUUCGAUAAGCAACCUAGCUGAGAACAAAAGCAGUAGUAGCCUCCUACAACACAAGUGCUUGCCCUAUUUCUACUCCUAGUUCUUUUAGACUCUCUUGUCUUGUUAUAUAAAUAUAUCUUGGACUGACUGUUAGUAAUAUCAAAGAUUUGAUGGGGUAUGGGAGGUGAGAGAGAGAAAGACUAUGAUCAGUUUUAUGGGAUUUUGUGUUUUGUUUAUUAUUGUCUCUUUAUUGAAUUUCUAGUUAAGAAGAGACAAUGGGAGAUUUGAUUUGAUGAAACU